AUGGCAAGCUUUCUAAGGACUCUCACUGCAGCCCGACGCGUCCUCAAUGCCACGGCGGUGAUUAAUAGUAGCUCGGUUUCACCGCUUCGCUCCUCCCCAAUCCGUGCCGGCUCUGCUUCCCUGUACACUUCAAUGAGCAACGGUGAUUCUGGAACGAUUCCUAUCGAUCUAUCCGAUGAAGAGAGCAAACGGCGUUUGUUUAACAGGUUGCUGUACAGGAGCAAGCAGAGAGGAUACCUGGAAUUGGAUUUGGUACUUGGGAGAUGGGUAGAGGAGCACAUUCAUUCCAUGGACGAAAACGGGAUCAAAGCGCUUGUGAACGUCCUUGAUCUGGUGGUUGAUAUGGAUUUUUACGCUGACCUGUGGUGACCCUUGGAAGAUCUUGCAUGUGGUUUAGGAAUUACUUGACGUUCUACAUAAGAGUUGUCAACUGCUUCUCCUGAAGAAUGCAAGUGAAAGCAGAAAUUAAUAUCUUCCUAGACUAGCUGUGUAAGAGCUCUGGAGUCGUAGGAUUUGCUCCUACAAAUGUUUACCCUUUGGUUUGUGGGUUUUCGGGAAAAUCCUGAUUUGUGGAAGUGGUUAACUGGGCAGGAGCAACCCCCAGAUGCAGUGUGCCAAAACCCGGUGUUCUGUGAGCUGCGUGAUAAGAUCGUGAACAACCUCAACAGCCACGCGACUCCUGAAACAAGGGCACUUCUUGGGCAGCCAUGGGUACGAGGAUGGGAUGACAUUAAGAAGAAUCCUGGUGCUCCUAUUGUGGGGAACCAGUAGCUCUUUUGUGUCUGAUAACUCUCAGUUUGCGGCAUAAAGCCUCUUAAUACGGUAAUAAAGGUCACUGCCGGAAAAUUGCAUUGGCCGGCGAGUA